AUGCCUGAUCCCUCCAUAACCCCAGCUAAGCGACAAAAAGCAUAUGCUAAGAGAUCUAAGUCGGGAUGUCGAACCUGCCGAUACCGUCGUGUCAAAUGUGACGAAUCUCCUGGAGCGUGCAAACGAUGUACCUCAACAGGGAGACAAUGUGACGGUUAUGAUUUGCCCCCAGUUUCUCACAAGCCCUUCUUUGCUACAAGGACUAGCAUUCCUCAGCUCACAGCACCUGGCAUCCUGACUGCUUUGACCUCAGAGGAGCGACGUGGCUUCAGCUUCUUUCAGCAUUGCACUGUCCCUACCCUAGCCGGCUUCUAUGACUCAGUACUAUGGGAAAUGUUGAGCUUGCAGAUUGGUCAUGCCGAUCCGGCCGUCUGCCACGCUUCCAUUGCGCUCAGCGCUGUGCACUCCGGCGUCCAAGCGCGCAAGAGGGAAAGCUUACUACACCAAGCUAAGUCCGAGAGCGGGCGCUGGCAACAAUUCGCUUUUGAACAAAUGGGACGGGCGUUCCAGCUACUUCGGAGGCGACACGCUUCCCAAGAUCCACAGUAUACCGUCACAGUGCUCUUAUGCUGUCUUCUUUUCGUGGCAGCAGAAUUUACCCUAGGGCACUACGACAAUGCCUUCCGACACUUGCGGAGUGGCCUCAGAAUCCUGCGAGACCAACAAAUCAGAGUAGCGAGUGGUGUGAAGACACCACUAGAGCCCUCUCUGACUCAGACCUUCGCGCAUCUUGACAAUCAGGCUGGCUGCUUUGGCUCCGAAGGGCCCAUCCUGGUCAUAGAUGACGAUGCCACGCUCUACUCUGACUUGCAUUCGUGCAGCAACGUCGAGAAUGGCCGCUGGACUGUUUCGGAAGUCCGUCAGAUCAUGGAACCGCUCGCCAGUGCUGUGGUUCGGUUCUGCCGGCGGCAGGCUAGAACGGGCUACCACGAGUCUGAGUCAGCAGUGAGUGAGCAAGCUUGCAUUAUCCAUCGCUUGAGCUUAUUCCUGCUGUUCACGACCAAUCUCAACAAGCAACCGGGCCGGGUGCUUACUGCCAAAGAAAACCGAGGCUUGAAGCUUCUCCAGCUUGAAGCGCACGCGCUUAGGAACGCGCUCCUCAGCCUCCCGGUGAUGACGCGACAGCCGCAAUUCCACGAGUUCACCGAUGAUUUCGAGAUCAUGCUGGCUCUCGCCACAGAGAUUCAACAAUCCGAGAGGGAUCCCCAAGACCUCCCACAAAUAAGUCUUGACAUCGGCGUGAUCCCACCGCUGUAUGCCAUCGCGAAGCGCACUGUUGAUUCUGAGCAGCGGUGGCGAGCGAUCCGAUUGCUGCAGUCCUACCCUCACCAAGAGGGUCCGUGGAGUGCGAGUCUGCUAUCUCGUGCUCUCACUAAAUCGAUGCCCGCAAAAUCGUCAUUUGCCGCCAAGAGCGCAGAGGACGCAACGGGAACAGUGGUCGCCGUGGGCGUACGCGACUGAAGCAGACGCGUACCUGCUUUGAGGGUGUCCUGACUAUUGCCCCCGUUCGGAUCUGUACACGCAUACCGUUCCGUAUCCGAGGCCUGCAGAAAAAAAUGAUCAUUCGAAUCGGAUGAAUCGAUUUUCGGGACGGUGCUGAGUAUCAAUGCCCCAAGGGGCCGUGAGCAGCAAGGCUGGCACCGUGUUGCUCCAAGCUACCUGCAGUUGUAAACCCCGACUCCUUCCUCCGAUUUGCGGCGAGCGGAGGUUUACUGCCUUGAGCUAAAUUGCUCUCCGCGAAACAACAUUCAAUAGCCUGGCAAAAACCUCGAGGUUAUUAUUUCAGCGAGACUUAGACCUCGAUACUGAGAAGAUGAGUUCUGUGGAGUCGAUCACAGCUGCAAGCGAGGAGCAUAUCAGGCUGAAUCAUCUGCAACUUGUAAAGUAGGCUUUCAGUAUUCCGG